AUGGCACUUUCCGAAACUUCGAGAAAACGAAAACGUGCAUCAGAAGACGAUACUUUGCCAUCGCCGAGUUGCCCGAUCUGUUUGCAGAUUUACGUCAAUCGUACCUUUUUAAGACCUUGUUACCAUUCGUUUUGUUUUUCGUGCAUCCGUCACUGGAUCAAUAUUUUACCAAGCUGUCCGUUAUGCAAACAAGUCAUUGAAUGUCUCAUUUAUAAUAUCGAUGACGACAAGAACACCUUUCAAGAAUAUCAACUGUCUACCAAAGCAGACGAUGAAAAGCAUGACCCACCUUUGCAAUUACCUUCGUUGACGGCGGAGGAAAGGCAACGAAUACGUCGGGCAAAGAUUUAUCGUACACCUAUUCCUGCGAUAUCAUAUCCAAAGCCGCUGCCAAGGCUGAAAGAAGUCAAAUACAUUACCCCAGAACAUAUCCCCAGGAUCGAGCCAUUUUUGCGAAAAGAACUUCCAGCCUUGAUGGGAGAUUACCACGAUUCAUUUAUAGAAACUCACGUGAAGCACAUAUUGCUAAUGCCACAUGAAAAGCACCGGCAAAAAUCCACCGCUGCGGAACCAGUAACAGAAGACUUUGACAUGCUAAAACAACUAGCUGAGUGGAUCAACGACGAAUCAGAUACACUGACGGUAGCUCGACGGUUUGUCGUGGAACUGAUGGCCUUUCUGAGAAGUGGGCUGAAUUACCGAACGUUCAUCUCCAAUACCGAAUAUGCUGAACAGACAGACGAAGCGGAAGCGUCAACGGAACGGGAGAAUGUACCCGUACGCAUGUAA